AUGAGCCACAGAGGUCUUUCAAUGAGAGGUUUCAUGCCAUCAGCUAUGAGUCCUAAUGCGCAUGCAACCAGAAGAACUUCCUUAGAAAAUUUGAUGGAGCAGACAAGAAAUGUUGAAUCCCCUUCAAAGGAAACGGGAACUGCUUAUGAUAGCGAGAAUCCAAGCGCAGACGAUGGUGAUACUUGUCCUUAUGGGUGUUGUGAGAAGGAAAGCUUGAGUGACUUCAUAUUGAAGAGAGGUUUCUUUGAGGGUGCUUGCUCAGACAUAACUAUUAGAGCAUUUAACCAGGAUUAUCGCUUACACAAGUUAAUCUUAGAUAGAAGUGGUUAUUUUUCUUCCUUAUUCAAUGGUCCUUGGAAUGAUCCUUCAAACACAACACAUGAACUAAUAUUUGAGGAUGAUGAAAACAUUACACAGGAAUCAUUUGAGCUGGCAAUUGCACGCUUGUAUGGCGCUGUUAAACCUAAAGCAGAAAUACAACACACAUUGAGCAUGAUCGCUAUAGGGCAAUAUCUAGACAUUCCAGAGGUUGUUUGCAAUGCUACAGAUAAUAUUGUUAACUCUUUGAACUUUGAUAACAUUGCAAGGUUUACAUCUUUUGCUUCUAUGAAUGAUUAUGGUAAAGCUAGCGAGAGAAUUAUAGAUAGUGCUAAAGGGUUAUUAUGCUCUGAUGGUUGGCAAAAUGGGUUUGAGAAAUGGGAUGGUGUUCCUGUCUCUAUUAUUGCGUAUGUUGUAGGCCAUGAUGCCUUCUUUGUUCCAUCUGAAUGGGAAAGAGCUUUAUUCAUAAUGAAAUUGAUUGAAAGACGUCAAUCAAUGAAUAGAUCAUCAUCAUCAGGAUCGGUCAGUGAAUUGGAUGAUGAAGAAGAUGUUGAACCUUUGAUUAAUGCCUUGAACACGAAAGUUCAUUAUUGUCACCUUAGUGCUGAGCAAUUGCAUAAACUUGAGACUUAUGUUGAUAAUAGUGGUAAACCUCAUAUUGACCCUUCUGUUUUGAAAAAUGCAUUAUGGUUGAGUGUUUUGCUUUAUAGAAAAGUCGCAACAGCAGAAAAGAAGUCAAAUGAAUUAGGGUUGGUGACUACUUCAGAAGCACCACCAAAUAAAGAAAAUACGUGGUUCAUACCAACAAAAGACGAGACGUUAUAUGGGACUCCUCAACAACUUGAAGAAUCAAUAAAAAGUCAUCAUCAUAUACGGGAUGAUAUGCCUAGCGGAAAAACUACUGAGAAUGCUGGAGAUGCGGUAUACAAAGUCACAAAAGUUCCACCUUUCAGAUUUUCCAUUGCUUUUAGCCAGGUGUGGGAACUCGAAGCGGAAAAGAGAGUUUAUGCAAAGACACUAUGGUACGCUGGCUCGUAUUGGAAUCUGUAUAUCCAAAAGAUAAGACACAGAAAAGGUUACCAAAUGGGUGUUUAUAUUCACAGGGCGUCAAAUUCCGCACCUUCAAGAUCUGCUCUGUUGAACCGAGACGUUUUCAAAAACUCAACUUAUAGUUUAGAUAAUGAUUCAAGCUUAUCAAAUAUAAUUGGUGAUGUGAACAACUUGAUGCUAAAUGAUGAGCCAGAAGCAUCAAAUGAUACACUUUCAUCAUUCACAAAAUCAGAGCUGAAUGCAGCACCAGAUGAAGAAGAAGAGGAAGAGGAAGAAGAGAAUGAUAAUUCGUUUUUGAGCUAUGAAGAUAAUAGAAUAAAGACAUCGGUUUACUAUGUCAUAUAUACACCAUCAAGAAAAGUGAAGACUUCACUAACAUGUUUCAUAUCAACACCUGAUCUAUUCAAUAAAUCUCAAAGUUGGGGCUGGAAAAGCAAUAGCAUGUGUUCAUUUAACGAUGAUGGUACUUUAGCAGAUGGACAGGAUAAAUUGUUGAAAUUUAUGGUUGUCUUGGGAAACACUUGA